AUGACGAUCACUGUUACCACAUCAGAUCAAUUCCAGCACAUUCUGCGUAUACUAAACACAAACGUAGACGGACGCGAAAAGGUAGUAAUAGCACUUACAGCAAUCCGCGGAGUGGGAAGAAGAUUCGCAACAGUAGUAUGCAAGGAGGCGGGAGUGGACGUGACGAAGAGAGCAGGAGAGCUGACAGCAGACGAAAUCAACAAGCUCGUGACCAUAAUCGGCUCGCCAGCACAGUUCAAGAUCCCCUACUGGUUCCUCAACCGUCAGAAGGACGUCAAGGAGGGAAAACAUAUGCAUAACACAGCCAACACGCUCGACUCGUGCCUGAGAGAGGACCUGGAGAGGCUGAAGAAGAUGAGACUACACCGCGGUCUGAGGCACUACUGGGGACUGAGAACACGCGGACAGCACACGAAGACCACAGGAAGACACGGCCGCACUGUGGGAGUUGCAAAGAAGAACACCCACGAAGUGGAGGUUAGAGUGUUUCUGCACGGCUCUGAGCGUGAUCUUGCAGCUUAUUUAAAGGAACUGCACGGCUAG